AGCACCACCAGAACCAACAACAACAACAACAACAACAACAACAACAACAACAGCACCAAAACCAUCUCCAUCGACCACACCUUCAUCAAGUAAGGCGAGUACAGGAACAACUCCGGCCACUCUAUUUUCCUGUGAUGGAUCUGAACUCAAUUUGCGCACCCUCUGUAGUCUGGAGGUGUACCCUCUACCAUCUCAGCCAGGAUCUCCCUGGAAGAUUGCAGACCCUGGUUCGACACCACCUUUUGGAGGUAACGGGUACUUGUACUACGACGGAGAAUCGGACGAGGCGGUGUCGUCUGCUUCCAUCGCCAUCCCAGUCGCCAUGGCCCAGCACUCGGGAAGAGCAUGCCUGUCUUUCGAAUACAACAUAAAAGGAAGCGCCACACUUGAAGUUGUGCUCAACACAACCACGUCCAGCGUCUCUGUCUUUCCAUGGAACUCUACUGAAGAAACACACGGGGAAUGGGUCUCUCAGCGAAUACCCAUUUCUCAACAGACAGACGCACAGUUCAAGCCACAAUUCAAAAUUCUCAAAGGCCAAAGCCCCGGCUACGUUGGCAUAAAGCAGAUCACCGUGGUGGCCUCAGAAUGUCCUCGUGCUGGCCCGACCACGCCCCACAGGCAGGAGGAGGAGGAAGGGGUCCUCAGCGACAGAGUCAAGACUAUCAUUAUAGUGGUCGGCUCCCUUGUGGGCGUGUCUCUGUUGCUGAUGAUCAUGCUGGUCAUCAGGAAAGCAUCUCAUAAAAAGAUGAAAUCUGGUUACAUCACGGAUGAAGUGGCACACACAUCCGUGAAUAUCUCUACAGAUAACUUCCAGAUGUACUCUGUCACAAACAAAUGAUUGUGAGAUAGAUCUACGGUUGGAUUUGUUCAAUUAAGUAAGCAAGAAAACUCGUCCAAGACAAUUACUGUACAAACCCCAACUUCCCACUCGCCCUCCCCCAUACCCCCCCCCUUUUAUGUGCUUUUUUUCUAUAUCAUAAUGACACUGCCCACUACGCCACCUGUCUAAGACAACUGAUUUUCUACUCGACAAUUGAUGGCCGUCUAAGACAGUUUAGACGGUAUUUUGAGGGGUAGAUCUAUAGAUAAAAAGACGAAAUCAGGGAACUCGGUAUGACGAUAAGUACAAACAGCUGCAGACUUUUUCUGGCAACAGCCAGCAGUCUUAUCCCAAGGGCAUUAUGGGAAUUUGUCCCAUGAAAGAGGGGAAAUGGUUGGGGGUAGCUUACGACCUAAAAAGAGAAAGUAACGUGCCUGUGAUGUUGUGGCCUCCUUUAAGGUAGUAGAUUUUUUAGAAGAUGGGUCGAGAAGAGUUUUCACUGAUUUGACAAAAAUAAUAUAUGAAUGAAACAAUUGGAAGAUCGCCUCUGCAAUGUGAGUGCGCGCGUUUGUGCUUAUGG